UUUUAUUCACUUAAGUGUAUUUCAUUGUUACGAUAAAGAGGAAAAACUAUUGAGUUAAUAAACGCCAUAAAGGAAUUUUAUCCGUAAUGUUAUCUACGAUUAAUAAGUUAUAUUAUAAUAAGAAAAUUGCUAUUACUACAACUGAUAACAUUAAACAUUCAUCGAUGAAAUAGAAAUUAUUGACUUUUCUUAUCGGCGCAUGUAUGCGCAUGUCCUGAAUUUGGUCAAAAUUUGUUUGAUCGAUAGUUGAAAUUGAAGUAAAAGUUCGCGGAUAAUAAAUCCCGUAGAUAUAUAUAAUUCAGGAUUAGAUUUAAAAGUAAUAUAUUUUAAAUGGCUAAUAAAGUGUGCUCUUCUGAAUGUGCUCUUCAAAAUUCUUGUCUUUCUGACACGAGUAUUCCGUGCAUGAAGAAAAAAUACACCUACAAGAAAAUCAUGAAAGGGAAAAGAUGGGAAUAUCCUCUUCCAAGUAUAAGGGAUUACUGGAUGAAUAUAAUUGAGGAAAAGAGGAGGAAAUUAGUCACAGUAAGAAAUCCUUUUCUUCGAUUAUCCUAUGAUUCCUUUCCUUCAAAAUAUUGCGAUUCUAUGGAUUGUAACACAUUCGUUCAGAAUCAAUCGUUUAAUCGUAAAUCUUUUUCUAAUUCUUACUUAGAUGAUCGCGAUACGUCCGACAAUUCUUUGCACAAGUUACAUCUGACGAAAGCGAACGUUAAAUCGAAUAGAAAUCGUUUCGAUAACGUAAAAUCGUUAUUAAACAGCUCGUAUCGAACUGUUCCAAAAAGUGUGGAUACAAUGUACGAUUCUACCGCAUCAUUCGAAGGUGUACGAAUCCCAAAAUUAAAUACCCGUGGUCCUCAACCUAGUUCCGGUAGAAUUCAUCCUGGUAAAGUGGAUCAUAUCCGGCCUUCUUUCAAUGUUCAAAAUGAACGGAAGAAAAUACAAGAAAAUAAUUCUACCGCUCUACCAAUUCUGACUAAAUAUCCUCGGAUGUCAGAAUUCCAAUCAACGUUGAAAAAGUUGCGGAAAUAUUUGAAAUUAUCGAAAGAGAAAGAUCCGAAAACCAAGGAUCAGGCCUUAUGUGAGAAUGAUAAAACGUUAAAAGAGAUUAGAAGGAAACUUUCUACCGAUCGAUCCACGAUGAAACGAAUUAAAGAAAAUUUAUUACCAAACGAAGAUUCUUUAAAGUAUACCGCUCGUUCCGCUUAUAAAGCAUUGAAACGUUUAUCGAAGGACAAAAAUAUAGAUUCCAAAUUGAAAUCUAUCGACCAUUUAAAACAAGGAUCGUCAUUUUUGAAAUCGAGUGAGGAAGAUUUUCUGGUAAGUAGCGACGACAAUCGAGUUUUGGUAAAAAGUGAACACAUCGAAAAAGACAGAUUAAACGAAGAAUCGUUCCAUAUUUUUGAACAAAAAUCGCUCGAGGAUUCAGAAUUUUCAGGUAUCGACGACGAAAACGGAACUUGGAAAUCCGACGAGACGAGAAGCAUUUCCACCGAAUCUCGUUACACGUCGGGACCCCGUCCAGAAUUCGUGUCGUCGGAGGACAAUCCUGUUGCGCGUGUUCUAUCGUCGAUUCCAAAAUUAUCCUUCCCAAGGAGAAAUCGGGACAGGUGUUUGCCGUGUAUGUACAAAUCGUUCGAGACACCUCCCGAACGAAAGAUAUCCCUACCAAGAACCGUUUUGCAGAGAAUUAUAGACGAUGAAAAAUUCAAAGCAACAACGUCGGUUGUUGAAGAUUCGUCCGAGGACAGCGAUUCCACUUCCGCUUGCACCUCCGCCAGCAUGCCAAGUCUUAAAAACGAGAUCGAAAGAAUUUUGAACGAUCGAGUUGAAACGAGAAACGUUGGACACGAAUUGGAAUCCAAUGUUCCUGAAAGUGAAGUGACAGAGGAUGCCGUUUCCUCGUUCCAAGAGGAGGGAAUACAGAAGCGACCAGAGGAGGACGCAGCGGAGCAAAAAAGUAUCGCGGAGACUUGGCGUAACGAGAUUACAAAGAGAGGUAAAGGGGAUCCGCAACACGACGAGGCAACAUCGACAAAUUUGUACGAGGAGGCUCGAAUCGAGAUAAAUCGGACGCGAGUCGCUUGCCUGGGAGAAACGAAAGAAGGUCGUUCCUCGUUACGAAGCGAGGAGAGCACGGAGGGAGAGGAAGGCGACGACUCGAUUGCGGCCUCGAUGAUCGACGACGAUCAACCCAAGCCGAAAUACUUGGCGCCCUGUCAUGCUCCCACGAAUUUCAGGCCGAGCUUGGAGCCCCUUCGAGCCCUGAGAGGCCGUAAACCGACUACUCUGCAACGUCGUAUCGACCUGCUCGAGGCAUCCUCGUUGAGGAAAAGCGGUUCCGUGGACGACCAGGUUCCGGAGAAAUCAACGCCUAAAAGCGUCCUCGAGAAGAAGAGGAGGUCGAGCGACGAGGCGGCGAAACCUGCGCCGCCUCGGCCCUUCGCGAGAGCAAAAUCUGUCCUGGAAAAAUCGACGGCUGAGAAAGCUGAACACGGGCUUCUCAGAAAGGGAACCAGCUUCUCGGGCUUUCCCGUAUCAACACCGACGCCCAACGAGUCGGAAAUAUAUCGCGACGACGCGUCAAAGGGCACAGAAUUGGACGAGACUCGCGAUGACGAUGGCCUUUUGAAAAGGCCACCAUUCGCGACCGAUUUAUCGAGAGCCGGGACGAAAUUGCCGCUUACGCGUCCGGACGAGAUCGUGGAAAUUUUAACGAAUCUCGAGAAGGAGAACGUAUCGUCCACCGAUAUGUUGAACGUCUUGUGCAAAGAAUUUUCGGAACGGUUGUCGAAAAAUAGCGAGACGACGAACGACCCGAUCACGAAAGAGCGUAACAGAGUGAUUACGAAUCUGACCAGGUUGUUAAUUGAUUCUAAACGUUAUUUGUAUCCUGAUAAAUUUCCUUCUGAUUUGCUUUUCUCCACCGAUCAGCCACCCAUACAUAGCGUCAAUAUCAUGAAACGGCUACUCCCUAUGUUUACAUAUAAUAAAGUUGCUCGACUGAUGAAACUGCCCAAAUGGUAUAUAAGGGAAGAGAAACCUAAAGAAAAAGUGGUGGAGGAGGAGAUAGAAAAAAUAGAAAUAGAGAGUUUCGACAGUUUGGAGGUGAAUCCACCGACAUUGAAAGACGACGAACCGCCCUACGAGGAGAAACCGCCCAUAGAGCGUAGAUACAAUCCUUACGCUCUAUUUCUGAUAAAACCAAGACGUAAGGUGAUUACGUGGCGCCCUUUGAAGAAAGAAGAUCUCGAGGGCUACGAUCCGGAGGCGACGCUCAAAAUGAGAGCCGACAACUCGAUGAAAAGGAUAUGUCAGGACUUCUGCCAGUGGGUCGAAUCUUUGGGCGGGACGGAUAAUACCAUCGACGAGGAAGUUCUCAGGGAUAUGUUUGAAAUCGAUUUCAGUGCGGAUAUUUGCAGAACGUUACAGGUGUCGAUCAAGGAAAUGCCGGUUGUGCCCGCGGAGGUGGCCUUCACGAGGAACUCGCCCGGCGCGAGCAAGCUCAUCAUGACGAAGAAACACGUGAUGAGGGAUGCGAAAGCGGAAAAAACUCCCCCGAAGAUAAAAGCCUUCGGCACGGCUCUGCCUCUGAAUAUUCGAUUCAUACCGCCCGAUAAUCAGGUGCACAAGAGAUGGCUGGAAUGCGAGGACGUGCCUGCGGAUAUCGAAACGAUGGAAGCUGUUUUUAAAGAUAUAACGACGCUUAGAAGCGUGAAAGGUUUCGUGGAGUGGCUUCAAGAGCAUCCAGAGGUACCACCGCCGGAAGCUUUGAAGAAAAUGGUAGCGAUGGAUCCGAAAACGUUGAGACAGAUCGAGGACGACGAGAUGUUCGCCCAUCUCGAGCUGGACAUCGAACAAAUCAAAACUUUGAGAGUGGCGGUUGACGAAGAUGUACCGAUCAUGAUGUGAUCCCGAGCUUAUAUUAUACAUUCGUCUCUUUCUUCGUCUCUCUUUCUUCUAGUUUCAUCCGUCGAAACGAUAGCUUCGUGAUGUGUGUAUAUCUCGGCUUCGAAAGCUUCUACGGGAUUUUCACUUUUAUUCAUCGAUACGAAUUACCUGAAUAUCCGUGAAAUUUUCAUAUUGCGCACACACAUUACUUCCGAUAUUCCUGUACAUAUAUAUAUAUACUUGUCUCACUUCGCUUUGAAUCGAGCCGAUGCAUGAAUAUUUUAAUUGCAUUUGAUUGUGCCGCAAUAAAUGUCGCACGAAUACGAAAUGAGCGUCAAAAUUCAACGCUGUCCAACCGGGAUGAUAUCAGAAUUUCUCGCCUCCGUUCCGCUUAUAAAUGGCCGCGUAACCGAUACGACCAGUCGAUGACACCGUGUCAAAAGCCUAUCCCCCCCCCUCCGCUCUCGUUUCGCGUACGAAACGAAGGGUUAACCUCCGAGGCCUUGCCACGGCCAGAACGAGAAAUUUCUGCCUCGACGUGUGUCCAGCAUGUCGUUGUACGUAUGCAUGCACGAAUAUCGAAGGGAGAAUCGUUCGAAUCGAAAUAUCCGAAGAAUUAUAAUAUUCGAGGGGCGUAAAAAGGAUCGUUAUUUUCAUCGUAAAUAAACUCGUCGGUGUUCAAAUAUAUUAAAAUAUGUCGCGAUAAACGUUGAAUUUCGAAAAAGAAAAACAAGAAGGGGCACGUAGAGAGAAAAAAAAAAAAAUAGGGAGAAAAUAGGAUUCGAAAGUGUUCUCGGGGAGGGAGAUGAUUAAACUGGUGUGGGUGUACUCGCUCGCCUACUUUCGCGAGACAGGGAAAAUGAAAAUGCUUUUCAGCCGGGGGGAGGACGAUAAUAAAUAGGGAAUAACACCGAUCCGAUGUCAAUCCAACCGAUUCCUUUGACCACGAAACGAAUCGUCCUCGUUGCCGAUGUCAAUAGUUGCGCGAGAUGCAUAUAAUACAAACGAGGCGUCGGGGAAUAUUGGAAAUGUAUCCGAGAAGGGCUGGGGCGUCCUCCUGUUCCCGUCUGCCAACGACAGCCAGGAACAGGAACACGGCAUAGAAUCGUUCGACACGGCUUAACGUUCGAGGCUACUUAAAAUCGAGGCUGAGAAACUGAAGUUUGAAAUUCUAUUCGUCGUCCACGAUAUAUCCCCUCCUCUCCUCCUCCUCCUUCUCCUCCUCCCGUCUCGAUGAAUUUCUCGUCUCGAUCAGAAACGUCGAUCAGAAUUCUUCAAAAAAAAGAAACCUGUAUCUGUAUCGCGUUGCUUUCACAGUUACGUUCGCUUUUCUUUCUUUUCUUUUUUUUAUGCUUCCUUAUCAAGGGAUUUCCCAGGAGAUAGUAUCGAUAGUACGAGGGAAGAGGCGGAGGAAGGGGAACAGGUUGGUGCAGAAAGGGUAGCGAAAAGAAUCGGCGAAGGAAAACGAGGGAGAGGAGAAGCCGCGGAAGCGGAAGAAGGACGCGGCGUGAUCAUUGGCCAUUGGCCAUCCGUUUCGCUCCACUUGGAAUAGAGACUUGCGCUCGACCGAGAAAUUUAACAAGGCGCACGCUCCCCACUGACAAUAGCCAACUUUCUGACUCCCCCUCUUAUGCCUGGAUUUUAAUUACUUCAAUUUAAAACCUUCGCUUUCCCUUCCACCUCCCGGCAUGCGAAAGGGAAAUGGCCCUUCGCGCGCUGUGAUCUCGCGUUCCUUCUUCCGUUGCUCUUCGAACGAUCCAAAGAAAGAAAAAAAAAAAAGGGGGGGGAAAAUCGAAGAAGAGAUGAACGAGAUCGAGCACGAUACUCGCGUAAUCGUGCGCGACAAUCAGCCACGUUCUCUACGUCGCCAAUUACCGGCCGUAAUAAGGUUAGGCUGCUGUCGGAUCGCAUUGGCAUUCGCGCGCACCGAGGCCUCCCCAAAAUCUUUUAUUCAUGCUAUCAAGUUUGCAUUUAAAAACUCCGCCUCCUCUCUCCGGUGGCGCCACUUCGAUUCGCUACUUUUCAAACUACCGGUUCCUUUCGAACGUUCCACUAUUCCUCCAGAAGAUCUAGAUUCAGUCGGCGCGCGCGUACGCCACCAGACGUUUAUGCAAAUUUCGUUUCGGCGGCGCGACUUUUCACGGAUUCUUCCUCGGACGAGCUCGAAGCCAUCGAAAUUUCAUCUCGAUUCCGCCCCGAUUCCCCCUUAGCUCCGACGAGCGUUGGCUACUCGAUUGCCCGACACGUGGCCCGAUUAUGAAAGGCAAUCGCAAAUCGUUGGGCGGAUUGAUCGAAUCGGAUGACCGGUUUUUCUUUUUUUUCUUUUUUUGUCUCCGCAACACAGAAGUCCCUGGACGAGAAGAGCGUGGUUCUAGGGCGAUCCGGUCCGCUACGUUCAUUCCCCGUAUAACACGAGAACUCGAAACGUGUGAGCGCGUACCUAUUCAACGAACGAAAUAGGAAGCGCUUCCUGCCGACCGUUCGCGUCAGUUCGAUCUAUUGUCGGCCAAGUUUGUGACGGUGUAUAUAACAAGUGGAGUACACACUGGCUAACCGGGUACACACCGCCUAUCUAUCGAGCCAUCUUUCUCGUUCGAUUCUCGGACCAAUUC